GCGUGCAAGUUCGCGCUGAGGAUGUGCGGGCCCAGCCUGGGCUGCGAGGGGCUCCGGGAAAUGUUCGGGAAUCACCUGCGGGAGGAGCGCGGGCUGCACUACGGAGAGUUCAUCAACGACGCCGCCAAGUUCCUGAUGCGCAGCCACCCCUCCCUGCUGAGCCGCCUCAUCUCCACCAACCUGUUCUACUUCAAAAGCCCCUGGUGGGAGCUGCGGGCGGCGGCGGCCAUGUUCACCGCCCUGCAGCUGCUGCUCAAGGAUCCGGUUCCAGCCGUGAGGGUCAAGGUGGCCGAAACCCUGGGACGCCUCGUCCGCCUCCUCUGAAUCCCAGAAUUCCCAAAAUUCCCAGGAAUUCCUGGGAAUUCCC